CAGGUUCCUCUAAAAUCGAUAAUCGUCCAGUAAAAGGAACAACUAAGGUUACUAGAAAUCUUGAUAGAAUGGUCAUUAGAAAUCGACGUAUUGUACUUUGUUUGGUGAUCAACCGUUUUCUUCCAACUGUAAAUCAGUCAAUAUUAUUGUAUUUACGACAAUAAAUAAACUGUCGUAUUAUUUGUUGCUAUUCAUGGAUUUCAUGGAUUUAUGCUUAGACUGAAAGUAACUAAAUGUCAAAUUUGCGCAAACAUCUGCAUGCGAAUGCAAACGUCUUCAUUAAUACAAUAAUUAUUAGUAAUAAUUCAAUGUAAUUGUAAAUAAGUAAAUUUACACAUUAUCCAAUAACCUACAAAACGUCAAAAAUCAUGAUGAAAACAAAUAAGGUAAAGAAACUCAAAGUAAAUUUUGCCGAAGAGCAACACGAAAAAUCCUUAAAUUAUUAUGAAAAAAAUAAAAUAACUUAUGACGAAAUAAGUAGUAACGGUUCAAUAAUUGAAAAUAAAAGCAUUCCUGAUGAAUUAUUAUCGAAAAUACUUUGUGGUACCGAUCAUAAGGCAUUACUUAUUUGUCAAUUAGUUUGUAAGCAUUGGCAUUAUCUCAUUCGUAGCUAUGUUUGGCAUAAAAAAGCAGAACUUACAAUAGGUAAAGCCUUACCUAUUAGCGAAAAAAUACCCUGGACAAUAUAUUACUUUAUUUGUGAUAAGAAGCCAUUUUACAAAAAUUUAAUAAAAAACCAUUCCGGUGAGGAUGGAUUUAGCGCAUAUUGGGGUAUAAUUGAAAAUGGAGGUCACGGCUGGAAUGUAGAGCGUCCUCCUACAGCUGUUAAGCCAUUACCGGAUGAUCCAGUUUUUGAAAAUAAAAAUUAUUGUUUUGUCACUUCAUUUAGCAAAUGCUGGAAAGAACAAGUAAUUAAUUUGAUAGAUGAAGGAUUUUCUGAAUAUUUGUUAGAUUAUUUACAACCGACAAUAAAGGUAAGCGAAUGGUUUUGCUGUCGACCCAAUGUUCCAGCGGUUUACGAAUGUACAAUUAAAUUACUUCGCGAACAGAAAUCCGAUAGAACAGCCAUAGAAGCCUUAAGUUAUAGCAAAAUUUUAGAAGGAGAACAGAUGAAUCAAUGGUUUCAAUUUACGCAUGAAUUUAAAAACUAUGGGAAAGGACUGAGGAAAAUAAAAUUUUGUCAUGGUGGUCAAGACAGGUCUUAUGUAGUUGGUAAUUGCGGAAGUAAAAUGGCUGGAGCUUGUGUUCAAUUGGAAAUAAGAACUUAAUUUAGGCAAAUUCUACAAAAUAUACACUUUUAUUAUCUAUAAUAAAGCAUAGUACAAAAUGAGAAUUGGGCAAAGAUACUUUUUCUCGGUAUUUAAUUGCUCAAAUAAGCGGUAUAUAUAUUUAAAGUUUUUGA